AUGUCAGAGCUCUGUCCACCCUGGGCGCCAUUCUUCGGCUUUGCUGGCGUAGCCAGUGCGAUGAUCUUCUCGACCGUUGGAGCGGCUUACGGAACUUCGAAAGCUGGUAUAGGAAUCGCAGGUUUAGGUACAUUCAGACCCGAUCUGAUUAUGAAGUCCUUGAUUCCUGUUGUCAUGUCCGGUAUUAUCGCCGUGUAUGGAUUAGUAGUAUCAGUGUUGAUUGCCGGUAACAUAUCGCCCACCGAACCAUAUUCAUUAUUCGCUGGGUUUAUCCAUCUCGCCGCUGGUUUAGCAUGUGGUUUCACUGGUCUAGCUGCGGGUUAUGCUAUCGGAAUAGUUGGAGAUGCUUGUGUCAGAGCAUAUCUCUACGAAUCAAAAGUAUUUGUAUCGAUGGUUUUGAUCCUCAUCUUCGCUGAAGUUAUCGGUCUUUACGGUCUCAUCGUCGCUUUGAUCCUCAACACGGCAGUUGGAGAAGCAGUGUGCGGUGCCACAUAA